AAAGUUCAAGGGGGCCGAAUACUUUCGCAAGACACUGUAUGCAUGUCAAUCUCCCCUGGCUCAAAGUGGAGGAGAGAUUGACUUCAUCACUACUUGUAUUUGUGAGAGGUGACAUGUUGAAAGCACCUAGCUGUCUGUUUAAAUGACAAGUACACAGCUCAGACACUCAUGUAUACCCCACAAGACAUGCCAUCAGAGGUCUAUUCACAGUCCCCAAGUCUAGAACAGACUACGGAAGGUGCACAGUACUACAUAGAGCAAUGACUACAUGGAACUCUAUUCCACAUCAGGUAACUGAUGCAAGCAGUAGAAUCAGAGUUUUUAAAAACUGAUAAAAUUAUACCUUGUGGAACAGUGGGGACUGUGAAGCAACACAAACAUAAGCACAGACACAUUCAUACACACACACACAUGAUAACAUACGCACUAUACACACACAUACACAUGGAUUUAGUGUUGUAGAUAUGUGCUAGUGGAGUAGGGGCCUGAGGGCACACACUUAAUGUGUUGUGAAAUCUGUUAUGAAUGUAUUGUAAUGUUUUUAAAAUUGUAUAACUACCUUAAUUUUGCUGGACCCCAGGAAGAGUAGCUAAUGGGGAUCCACAAUAAAUACAAAUACAAGAUACAGUAGUUAAAUGGAAACGCACCCUAGCAGGCAAAUGUCAUCUAUUUUCAAUGCAACUUUCUAAAUGUCAACAGCAACAAAAAUGACUAGACAAGUUAAUGGAAACACAGUUAAUGACAAAUGUAUACAUUUUGGAGGAAAUUAUACCACCACCCAAAAGGACACUUUAGAGAGUGGAAAGGCAAAGGGGCAGAGCCCUAUCUGUGCACGUGCAUGUCUGUAGUAACAACCCGAGGUAAGAGUUGCCCUCAGGGUCAGCUGAUCUAGGACCCAAUUACCCUCUACAAAUCAUAACCUGAGGAGGAAACCAAAAAUGAUCUUAGAUCAGUGUCUAAGGACACGUUUGUCCUAUUCACCAUAGCACUGCUUCACCUGCCAUACACUGAAGAUGCUGUCAGACGAGAUAGACAGACUAGAUGGGGAGGGAGGGUGGAGUCUAUUCUCUUGUGAUAACUGUACAUACUAGUGGUUCUACCUGUUACACCUGCUCUGACAUCAACUUUCCUCCCCCCGCCUCUGCCUCUCCCAUGUGUCAGCUGAGCCACAGGAGGAAUCGGCAGCAGGGAUCGUCUCUCUGUCUGUCCAUAGACAAACUGCCCCCAUCUACAGAUAAAGAAAGAGGAAUGUCAGUGUUAGACUAGCCCUAACCUGUUCUCUCUCUUUCUCCUUCAUUUUCACCUCUGUUACACUGUCUCACUACAUUGGCACCUUGGGAGACAAGAGAGAGGCUUGUCUCUGCUGUUCUCUCUCUUUUUCUCUCGUUCUCCCUCUCCUGGGACCUAAUGCAGUAGCGCCCCUAUACCAGGCGGAGGAGGAACCCGCUAGGGCUCAACAACGGCACAGUAUGGGUGACGAAAGCUACAACUUUGUCUUCAAAGUGGUUCUGAUUGGUGAGUCUGGUGUUGGGAAAAGCAACCUGCUGUCUCGCUUCACCAAGAAUGAGUUUAACCACGACAGCCGCACGACCAUCGGAGUGGAGUUCAGCACCCGCACUGUUCAGCUGGAUACCUUCGCCAUCAAGGCUCAGAUCUGGGACACGGCAGGGCUGGAGAGAUACAGAGCCAACACCUCCGCGUACUACAGAGGGGCGGUGGGGGCUCUGCUGGUGUAUGACAUUACCAAGCACCUAACCUAUGAGAGUGUGGAGCGUUGGUUGAAGGAACUGUACGACCACACCGAACCCCACAUGGUGGUCAUGCUGGUGGGCAACAAGAGUGAUCUGGAUACCCUGAGGACCGUGCCCACCGAGGAGGCCAAGGACUUCACAGAAAAGAAUGGCCUCUUGUUUAUGGAGACGUCAGCUCUGGAUUCUACCAACGUUGAAGCUGCUUUCCAGGAAGUUCUCACAGCGAUCCACAAGAAGGUGGCCAGUCGAGAGGUGCCCCGCGUGUCCAUCACUGCCUUGACCCUGUCCUGUACUAUUGGAACAGCUAGCGACGCCCAGGAGAAACGCAGUACCUGCUGCAAGAACCUCUGACUGGUUCUGACCAGGUUUGACCUGUUCUAUCUGAUUAUCUUCAGUUCUACACAGAAUCUUCCUACUCUGUCCUCAUUCAGGUUAAAAGGAAUAGUGUAUAGGACUGUCCAAACCAAAGACCAGGCAAGUCAAAUCAAGUCACAUUUAAUUUACAGUGCAUUUCACAAUUCUCAACACGACAGAUUUAAGAGACAUGCCACAUUUAUGUACAGUUGAUCAAUGUUGACACUAUUGGUGCUACUGCUUGGCUAAAUGUUGCUGACCACAACAUAUUUGGGUGGAUUUCUUUUUCUUCUGUAUGCUUGUUUUUAAACCUUAGCAGUUAUUAUACAGCAAAUAAAUGUUGAUUUGGUAUAUUCAAAA